AUGUCCGAAAAGAAAACCCUAGAAGUCGGUGAUGAGAAGCCCGAGGCUUUGCACCGCGAAGACACCAUCGGCCAGGAAAAGCAGCAGCAGCGAGCUGGCGACUACUCCGGCGCACGCAAGAAGACCGACCCAGCUGAGAUCCGCCUGGUGCGAAAGCUCGAUUUUUGGAUUAUGCCCACGCUGUGGUUGAUGUACUGGCUCAACUACCUUGAUCGCAAUGCCAUUGCCCUCGCACGCCUGAACGACCUCGAAGAGGACCUCAACCUUUCAUCCUCCCAGUAUCAGACUUGCGUGUCCAUUCUCUUCGUCGGGUACAUUUUGGGCCAGGUCCCAAGUAACAUGCUAAUCACGCGUCUCCGCCCAUCCCUUUACAUGUCCGGGGCCAUGGCCGCUUGGGCCGUGGUCAGCGCCCUCACAGCCCUAGCAAAGGACUUUACCGGCCUGCUCCUAGUCCGGUUCUUCCUUGGUCUCACAGAAACCCCCUACUACCCUGGCGCGCUUUACAUGCUCUCCAUCUUCUAUACCCGCAAGGACACCUUUACAACUCUCAGUAAUCUAGGGCCUAGUUAUAAAGGCCCUUUAUAA